GAGUCGCCCGCAGUCCCGGGCAGAACCCGCGCCGCGAUGUCGGGGAGCUCCGCUCGCAGCCUGGCGAAAGGUAGCGCGCCCCCGAGGCCGGUCCCCGAGGGCCGCAUCCGCGUCUACAGCAUGAGGUUCUGCCCGUUCGCCAAGAGGACGCUCUUGGUGCUGAGAGCCAAGGGAAUCGAGCAUGAAGUCAUCAAUAUCAACCUGAAAAACAAACCAGAGUGGUUCUUCUCGAAGAAUCCCUCUGGCCUGGUGCCAGUUCUGGAAAACAGUCAGGGUCAACUCAUCUAUGAAUCUGCCAUCACCUGUGAGUGCCUGGAUGAAGCUUACCCAGGGAGGAAGCUGUUGCCAGAUGACCCCUAUGAGAAAGCUCGCCAAAAGAUGGUGUUUGAGUUAUUUGCAAAGAUACCAUUUUUGAUAGGAAGCUUUGUCAGAAGGCAAGAUAAGGGAGACUGCCCUGGCCUGAAAGAAGAACUGUGUGAAGAAUUCAGCAAGCUAGAAGAGGUUUUGGUGAAUAAGAAGACAACAUUCUUUGGUGGCGACUCUCUUUCUAUGAUUGAUUACCUCAUCUGGCCCUGGUUUGAAUGUCUGGAACCAAUGGAGUUAGUUGGGUGUGUAGACCACACUCCGAAACUUAAGCUCUGGAUGGUAGCCAUGAAGAAGGAUCCCAUAACAUCAGCCCUCUCCUUGGAUACGAAUGCCUACCGAGGGUUCUUACCUCUGUACGCGCAGAACAGCCCGGAAGCCUGUGAUUAUGGGCUUUGAUGAGGGUGCAGAUGUCUGAGCGUUUGCUUCACCAGAUAUGAAGACUCACAAGAUUCUACUUUAUAAGGGAUCUCACAUCUUAGUGGAUCACCUUCUCUGAUUGAUUUGACAUGGCCUAAAUAUGGAGUCCCUAUAAAGCCUCCUGCAUUUACA